UUCGAGCUGAGCUACGGAAGCAGCUCCGCCGGACAGGAGCUCAGCUCAGGCGCGUUUUAUCCUCUUUGACCAGGACGAGUUAAAAGCAGCAAUGCGCGCUCUCUCCUGCCACUUUAACCUCGCAGACACCCCUGAAGGCAGGAUCAAACAGGCGUUCAGUCUUCUAAGUAAAAUCUGAUAGCAGCAUUUCUUUGUUAAAUUACUGAUUAGCCUGACUAAACAUGGAUCAGGAGGAGUUCGAGGACAUAGAUUCACCUGGACAGUGGCAAAACCUCUAUAACGAAAUUCGAAAUCAGUCUCAGGAGUGUUCCUACAAAGUGGCAAAAUUUCCAGAAAAUCGGAACAGAAACAGAUACAGAGAUGUCAGUCCGUACGAUCACAGCCGGGUGAGAUUAGAAAGCUCAGAAAAUGACUACAUAAAUGCAAGCCUAAUAAACAUGGAGGAUGCCCAGAGAAGCUACAUACUAACACAGGGACCCUUGAGGAAUACUUGUGGUCAUUUCUGGUUAAUGAUCUGGGAGCAGAGGUCCAAAGCAGUUAUCAUGCUGAACAGAGUCGUAGAAAAAGGCACUGAGAAAUGUGCACAGUACUGGCCCUCGGAGGAUGAAAGACAGAUGGAUUUCAGUGACACAGGGUUUGUGGUGACUCUAGUGUCUGAAGAUGUCAAGUCAUAUUACACAAUAAGAGAGCUGGAGCUUCAGAACACCAAUACAGGAGAGAGCAGAUGCAUCUACCACUUCCAUUAUACGACAUGGCCUGAUUUUGGUGUGCCAGAGUCGCCUGCGUCUUUCCUCAACUUUUUAUUCAAGGUCCGAGAGUCGGGCUCAUUGGAGCCUGAGAAUGGUCCGGCCGUGGUCCACUGCAGUGCAGGGAUUGGCCGGUCAGGAACGUUCUCAUUGGUUGAUACCUGUCUUGUCCUGAUGGAAAAGAAGAAGGACCCAGUGUCUGUGGAUAUACAGAAAGUGCUGUUAGACAUGAGGGAGUAUCGCAUGGGCCUCAUCCAAACUCCAGACCAGCUCCGCUUCUCAUACAUGGCCAUUAAGGAAGGAGCCAAGUGCAUCUUGGGAGAUGCCACUCUGCAGCAGCAGUGGCAGAAGCUGUCUAAAGAGGACAAGGAGCCAGAGGCUUACUUGGGGUCUCUCCCCAUGGAUAACACAAGACCCCUAGACAAACUGAAUGGACAGAUGGAAGAGCCAGGAGGGAAAGGCAAUCUAAUAGAGCCACCAAAGGAAGAGCAGAGAAUGGAACUAAAAUCGGAAAGCCUGCGUAAGAGGCAUCGUGAGGAGCGGAUAGCCAGUACAGCACAGAAGCUUCAGCAGAUGAAGCAAAAGCUGAGUGAAUCGGAGAAGAAGAAGGAGAACUGGCUGUAUUGGAGACCCAUUCUCUUAAAUGUAGGAGCUGGAGCAGCUGUAGCACUGGGACUCUUCGCGUGCUGGGCUUUUCUCUCCCAAUGACCUCACAUCACCAUACAGACUCUUUCCACUGUUUUUUUUAUUUUACACUGGGACCCAGGUCAAAGGACUCUCUAAUAAUGAAAUGCUUGGAUUUUUGCAAGCAAAGGAUGCUCACCAGUCCCCGGUCCGUGGAGAGUGGUUUUUACUGGAAACAUUCAUACUAGGACAUUCUGCCUGAUUUCUUGAACAUUAUAUUUACAUUCAUUACUUUAGUAAUUCCAUAACUGUUCAAGCACUUAACCUUGGGCCUUAACACCUGUACAGUGUUAGGAAGCUUGAUCCAUUAUAACCAGUAUAGACGAUGGAUGUUAGUCCCAGAAACACGCUGUUUCAUAGGAAUCUGUUUUGGGAAAUCACUCCCUCAACACUGGGCAAAUGAUGCAUUUAUGAGUGGCUCACCAGUGGGAGAAAUGUUUGUCAGUUUGUCAGAAGCCAAAAUUUGCUCCCAUUAAUGGUCUUUUACGUUCACAUCUCAGGAGUUUUUAGUAAUGAACCGAUGAUAAAUAAAUCACUGAAUUUAAUGGGUGGGUCAUGCCCAAUUUUCAAAUAAUAAUAAUGUAUAUAGUAAAACACAAAACUUCUGCUGAACAAGAAAAUCUGUUCUUUGUCUUGUUUAUCUCGGUGGUGAGAUUCUGUUGGUAAGGCUGUUCUAGAGGUCCUUCGUUGUACCUUUUGUGAGUUUAGAUAUUUAGACUGCAUUUAGACAGAAGGCACCCACUACAAGUUUAGAAGUUGGAUCUGGAUAGCUUUUUUGUCCACUCAUCAUCAAAGCAUAGCUGACCGCAGGUUUAUUUCAUCAUAGUAAUAAAACUAUCGACCCGAAAACGACCCAAAAUCACAAGUUAUAGAAGUAAUUGAUUGAUGUAUGUGAGAAAAAGACCGCAAAUAUACUACAGUAAAUGGUGAUUGUAAUAGAUGAUAGACUCUUCUAAAUGACAUUGUCUACCUUCUUUAAGUGUAAUAGUUUUGGCCACAGCUCUGUAAUGAUGUUAAAGGAAGCAUGGUGUCUGUAGGCUGCUUCAGCAUGGUUUCCCAAACUAAAUAUAGAUUUGAUUUUUUUCGUUGGGGGCUGUUGUCGGAACUAAAAAUUGAUUUGCUGAAUUAGUGAAAUCAAUGUGGACCAAAUGAGAGGCCUUACACAGCCUCAGUUCCUGGAACUGAUCCAGUAUUUGCAGAAGUGGCUACCGAUGGCAUGAUAAAAUUGAAUUAAUUUACCAAACGGGAAAGACUGAUUCAUUUCCAUCCAUCAAGCGUGGCAAACUACAUAUGGGAAAAUGCUUAAUUUGAUUGUGAAGGCAAUAGAGAUUCUCAUUGGAUCCAGCUUUCUUACUAUUGUGAGAAUUGGAAAAAAUGAAUUGAUCUGUACUUAUCCCUCCAGGUAGCGAUGAAAUAUACUACAAAGCUACAAUAUUGGAUUAGGAAGCUAACUAUGGGCACAUUGUUACAGGCCUACUAGGUACAAUUCUGAAGUUUUAAAAGACAGCGAAGAUGAAAAAGGAGUGAUGUCCUUACUGAAAAAUACGUUGAUGUAUAUUGCAUCUAUCCUCUAUACAGCCCUUUUGUAAUCUAGGCAUUAUUCACAAACUGUUCUGUCUGACCUUCCCACUUUGAACUGUGUCACCUAGAUUUUUCAGAAAGUUUUCAUGAUCAGUUUAUUUUCAGCUUCUUUGUUCUAGCAAUAAAAACACUUUUGAAUCUAACAAAA